UUUCAAGGCUGUAAGAUGGAAACGUCCUACAUGAAAAUUAAAAAUGAAUACUGAUGCAAAAUACCUGAAUAACUAUGCAACGGGUGGAGCUAUUAUGAGGAACACUGAAGGAAAGAUGAUUUUUGCUGUUUCAUAUCCUCUCCUUGCAGCAUCUUCCUUGGAGGCUGAAAUUGCAUCCGUUUUCUAUGCGAUUGAAUGGGCGCUGAACGAGGGCUACUUGGAUUUCAUGGUUGAGAUGGAUGCCGCAGUAGCUCUCAGGUAUAUCACCGAAGGCGAGGUGGGAAGAUGGAGAGCCUCGUUUCAAGAAAAUCUACUGAAGGCUAAUAGGAAAGGUGUUAGCUUCAGCCAUGUUUUACGUGAGGGUAACUGGGUCGCACAUUUUUUGUCUGAAUCUUCAUCGGCCCAAAUCAAUAAAUUCAAUAUGAUCUGGUUUCUGAUCUUCCUGGUCCGGCCCGUCAAGCUUAUCGAUCUUUGUGAUUUGUUUAAUAUUCUAUCUUUUAGAUAUGCUUAUUAAUGUUAGCCAUUGGGUCAGUUUUAGCCCCCU